AUGGGUAAGAAGCAGCAGAAGAAGACGGCCAAGGGCCGUCUCGACAAGUUCUACUGGCUUGCGAAGGAACAAGGCUACCGCUCACGUGCGGCUUUCAAGCUCGUCCAGCUUAACAAAAAGUACAACUUCCUCGAAAAGGCUCGAUGCUGCAUCGAUCUCUGUGCCGCGCCCGGAGGUUGGCUCCAGGUCGCUUCCAAAUACAUGCCCGCCAACUCGCUCAUCGUAGGUGUCGAUCUCGUUCCCAUCAAGCCCAUCCCGAGGACCAUCACCUUUGCAGAGGACAUCAACUCGUACAAGUGCAGAGACCAGCUCCGCCAGAUCCUCAAGGACUGGAAGGCCGACAUUGUCAUCCACGACGGUGCUCCCAACGUCGGUACCGCUUGGGUCCAGGAUGCCUACGCCCAGUCCGAACUCACCCUGCAGUCGCUGCGUCUCGCCGUCGAGUUCCUCAACGCAGGCGGAACCUUUGUCACCAAGGUUUUCCGCUCCAAAGACUACAACAAUCUGCUCUGGGUCUUCAACCAGCUCUUCAAAAAGGUCGAAGCCACAAAGCCCUCCUCCUCACGUAACGUCUCGGCGGAGAUCUUCGUCGUCUGCCAAGGCUACAAGAACCCUGCCCGCAUCGACCCCAAGUUCCUCGAUCCACGCCAUGUCUUCAAGGAGCUCGACCCCGCCACCCUCGCACAGGAGGACCAGGAAGCCGGCGUGCCCCUCAGUCUCAAGGGCACUUCGGCCGGUAACGCGCACGCCAACGUAUUCGCACCCAAGAAGAUCCGCAAGAACCGUGAGGGUUACGCCGACGGAGACUAUACCCUUUUCCACUCCCUCGACGCCAUGGAUUUCAUCAAAGGCCAGGACGUCAUCGGCAUGCUAGGCUCCUACAACGAGAUCUCGUUCAAGUCCGACGAGAGCAAGACGCUCCUCGACCUCCCCGACACCACCCAAGAGAUGCGCGACAACUGCUCGGAUCUCAAGGUGCUUGGCAAAAAGGAUUUCCGCAACCUCAUGAACUGGCGCAAGGAGGUCCGCCUUGCCCUCGGCCUCGACAUGCCCAAGUCCAAGCAGAAGGACCUUGCCGAGCAGAUCGAGACCGUCGAAGUCGAGGAGAUGGACGAGGACGACCAGAUCGACGACGAGCUCGCCCGCCUCAACGAGGAGGCCGCCCGCAAAGCUCGCAAGGAGAGGCGUCGCAAGAACGAGCUGCGUCAGAAAAAGAUUCUCAAGAUGCAGCUCCAGAUGACCACACCCAUGGACAUCGGCAUGGACGUCAUGGACGACCAGCUUGGCUCCGGUAACGGUGACAUCUUUGAAAUCGGCUCGGGCGAGAAGGUCUCCAAGAAGGCACUCAUGCAACAGGCUGAUCUCAGCGACGACGAGAGCGACACCAUCGUCAGCUCGCAUGACGACGACGACGACGACCCACAGGCGCGUGCGGCACGUCUCGACGCCGAGAUGGACGCCCUCUACGACGAGUUCAAGCAGAAGCAGUCCGACCGCGACGCCAAGUUUCGCGCCAAGCAGGCUCGCCUCAAAGACGCAAAGAACGACUCAUGGCACGGUAUCAAGGACGACGACGAGGAGGAGGACGAUGACGACGCCGAAAUGUCCGAAGACAGCGAGGGCGGCUACGACCUCGUUCAAAGGCGCAAGGAGCAGGAAGAGACCUUCGACACCGAUGACGAAGAGGACGAGGAGGACGAGCGUCUCGAGCGUCAAGCUGUCGAACAGAUCAGAAAAAGAAAGCGCGACACCGACGCUGCAGCGCUCGCUCAAGCCGAUGUUCCCGCCAAGCCGUCCAAGCGCUCCCUCGUCAACAGCCUCACCAGCGACGCAGAUGUCACAGCGCAACAGAGCCGAGAGGCGUCCAUCUGGUUCGACAACCCUCUCUUCAAGGACCUCGGCCUGGAUGCACUGCCCGCAGAUGAGGAGCCACUCGACGAUGACGAAGAUGCGUGGGAGGAGACGGACGCGGAAGAAGAGGACGAGGAGCUCAGCGACGACGGUGAUGCCUCUGACUCUGGCAGCGGUCUCGAGCAUGAUGACGAGGAAGAUUUUGAAGUCGUGCCUCAAGAUCACGAGGAGCACGCCAUCCCCGACGAGGAGUGGGAUCUGGACGGCGAGGACGAGGAAGCCGGCAAGCAGAAGCGCAUCAAGGACCACGGCCUCGCCACAGCCGAGGCUGUUGCACUCGCACAAGCGCUCGUCAACCGCAAGAUCACCAAGGAGGACCUCGUCGACCAGGGAUUCUCCAAGCACAACUUUGUCGACAAGGACGGCUUGCCAACCUGGUUCCUCGAUGACGAGCAGAAGCACUACAAAGCCAACAUCCCCAUCACCAAGGAGGCCAUGCAGGCUCUGCGGGAUCGCGAACGAGCUCUGGACGCUCGACCGAUCAAGAAGAUCGCCGAGGCCAAGGCGCGCAAGAAGAUGCGAACGCUCCGACGCCUCGAAAAGGCACAGAAGAAGGCCGAGACCAUCAACGAUAACGAAGACAUCUCGGAAAAGGAAAAGUCGUCGACCAUCAACAAGCUGCUGGCCAAGUCGGUCAAGGGCGGGCAGAAGAAGAAGGAGGUGCAGCUCGUCGUCGCCAGGGGUGUCAACCGCGGUCUCAAAGGACGACCCAAGGGCACAAAGGGCCGCUACAAGAUGGUCGAUCCGCGCAUGAAGAAGGAGCUUCGCGCGUUCAAGAGGAAGGCAAAGCGCGACGGCAAGAAGCUCGGGUCGUCCAACUCCAAGCCAAGGGUUGCAAAGGGCUACGGACCUCGCAACUGA